UGAUAGCCUGGGGGCAGUGUGUACAGUGUCCUGUAAGGACCAUGCAGUGAGUGGUUUGGGCCAUAUCUGGGGGCAGUGUGUACAGUGUCCUGUAAGGACCAUGCAGUGCUAUGAGAGCCGUUCACUCCUCCCCUAACUGACAUUGUGAGCGCGGCUCCAGCCGGGGAGGAAGCGCCAUGCCGUUGCUAUGGUUACCCAUCGACACCGGAAAAGGAAGUGGGUUGUUUGUGGUCUCUAACGGGAUUCCCAAGCUGUUACCGGAGAGCGGAGCGCAGGAUCUGCCCAGGUACCGGCUAUAGUGUGUGACUGAGAGCCUGCCCAGCCUCCGCCAUGACUAACGCUCCCUCACAGAGUGAUUAUAGAGGAUUUUAUUAUAGUGCUUCACCCCUAAUAGCCCUAAUAUCCCUAAUUACAGCCUGCAUUACCUACAUCAAGGCAGAGCCCGGGACCGGCCCAUAAUGGCUCAUAAUAUCUGCACUCCCAUUGCUCUGUGCGUUAUAUAAACAUUGCCUCUCACACGGUGACUGUUUAACAUGAAUGGUUAUAGCACUAACACAGGCUGUCUGCGAUGUACAGGCAUGUUUGUGUCUCAUCGCUGUUUUUGUUGUUGUUGUUGUUGAUAUUAUAAAUGUACAUCUCCAUGUAUUAGUACAUGCAAAACUAAGUAAACCAUUAAGAGCACAUUAUAGCUGUAAUUAUACAAAUAAAAGGUCCUCCUCUGUGUGUGUAUUCUAAUUAGAAGCCUCUUAUCUCAGUAUAAUUUGCAGCUUUCAUUAUCCAUAGUUACUUUGUAAAGCACUCAAAUAGAUUGUAUGUCCUCCCAUCUGUAAAGUACAAGCAGACAUAGAUACCCAUUUUCAGCUUUUAAUUUGAGUAUUUAUUUUACCAGCCCUCUGCUUUGAGGAGGAUGCAAAAGUAUCAAUAUAUUUAUUCAGAAAAUGGAAAUGUACACACUAGCAAGAAACGGUACCAAAUUCAUUAGUCACAUUGAUAUAUAGACAAUGACAGAGAAACCUGUUGUCUUGUAUGGAGAACAAUAUUGGCAAUUAAAGCUUCUUCAUGAUAAAUUUAAAAGUUGUUGUUUUUUGGGAACAUACAAUUGUGAUUGCAUGUCAUGUUUAUUUUCAUGCACUAUUGGGAUGAAUGUAUCAUGCAUUUGUCUAGGAAAAUGCAAGGUUUGUUGAAUAAUUUUUUACAUUUAUGGUAUUAAGGGUCAAAACAUGCACUCUACAAUUUUUCUACAAUUCAAAUUUUAAUAAACUUGUGCUACACUCCAUCCUAGAAUCUGAUUAUUACUCCACUGUCUUCUUUUUAAAAGUGGAACGCCUUGUAAAGUAUAUGAACAUGAUUUUGCUGGUUAAAGUCUAUACAACUUUUUUUUGGGUAUCCAAAUCAGAUGGCAUUGCCCACACUUCCAUCUCGCUGGCAUAGUCGGAGUAGGGUUUUGGAGCAGCAGAUUGUACGACACAGGGAACAAGAGGCUCGCAUUCGCCAGGAGUGGGAUUUAACCAACAGAUACUUUAAACAGUCCGAUGUGUGUAGCAGUAAACAAGCACAAUGGAGCUCCAGACAGUCUUACCAGCAAAGGUAAUAUACAUAUUCUUUCAACUGGUCAUUUCUGUAAAUGUCUGUUUUUUUUUUUUCUUUCUACUGUUUGUGUACAUAUGUCUGCCAUAUACAUUACACAUGUUCUUGUGUAUGCAGGGGUGACAUACGCUCAUUUGGAGGCAUGUGAUGUUGCCUGAGUAGCUUUGGUUGCAUUACACAGGUGACAGAUUUCUUAUGCCUGUGCUUACAUUUGUUCUGUAAUGUGUCCCAGUCAGUGCUUGAAUAUUCUGAUGCCUCUCUGUUUAAUGAUAAGCCUGCUGGAUGUUUUCUUUUUGUUCUUUUGAUCAGUUGCUCUUCCUAGACCUGACAAGAGCAAAUAUUUAUUUUCUGUGCUCUUAGUUAAUUAUUUAUAUUUUCUUUCUAUAGUAUGAAUGCAUAUCACAGAGAAAUGCAGAAAGAAGAGAAGAAAAAAAGCUUGGAACGACGGAGAGAGCAACUGCGUAAACUUUUACAAGAGGAGCGAGAUUUGCUGGAGGAAGAGCUGCGGGAGCUUCAUCAAAAUAAAGAGCCUGCUCUUCGUGAAAUGAGGGAAAGGACAGAGGAGCUGAAAUCUGCUAGAGAAGAGAGAAGGAAAAAGGUUACUGCAAACACGCAAAAUUUUCUGAACAUAAAACUUGUAGUAAUGUGUUGGGUUGUAAUAUGAAUGUUUCUCUUGUUUGUCAUAAGGUGUCACAAGAGUUGUUGUAUGAGCGGUGGAAGCAGAACAAUGUGAAGCUACGUGAGGUAAACCUUUCCAGUAUGCCAUGAAUUUGAAGUGGUGAUGUUAUCCUUCUUUUUCAGGGUUUCAUAUAAGUAUAUCUGGCUGUGAUUAAACUGAACGUAUUAUAUUGGAACAAGUAUUUUUCUUUGUUGGGGGUAUGCUUAGGACAGUGUAUUUAAAACAUUUUUGUUUGUGAAAAAAAAAUAUAUAAAAUUUAUUUACCUGUACAGCAUAUCUAUGAGUUUUUAACAUAGCGACCUUCGACAUCUAAUGGUAACGCAAAUAUUGUGUUCUCUCACCCCACACUCAAUGUUCCCAGUUCGGGUACAGAGUGAGUUGAGUGAGUCUAGCAAAUGUAAUACAUAAAGUAGGACAUGCUGUAUAUUAUAUAUGUUGACCUUACAACAUAUGUGUACAUGAAUUCAGAUAUUUAAUAUUUUAACUGCUUUGACUAUUAUCAAUCAGCCGCUUGAAAUAAUUUCUGACAUUUAAUUUCACCAAAAGGCUAUUUAACUGUACCAGUGAUGGUUCUUUCUCCAAGCUGUUUUGUAAUUGAAGAUUGAUUUAUUGUUGUGAAUAGAUUUAGCAUUCACGAGCACAGUAAUCAUUGCUGCAAAUCAGGAUAUUAACUUUUAUUAUUUUUUAAAUAUGUAUUUUAUUUUCAAUGUUGUGUUGACUGCAUUUCUACUGCUUUACUCUACAAUGCUCUAAAAUUAUCAUUUUUCUUCUCAGAUUGAGAGCAACUUGCAUAAAAAAUACGUGGUUAAUGCUUGGGGAGACCAGCUUACUGAGAAAAAUCAGGUAAACAGAACUGUGUCCCAUUAUGGCAGUAUGGUUAUAUACACAUCUGAUGCACGGUAGAUAAACAAAAAUACACAUAUAUUGCAAACAAUACUUGCAUGGAAAUCUAUAUUUAGAAAAAAAAUACAUUUCAUUUAAAAGUUUCCUUUCGAAGCAGUGUUAAGCGAAUCUUCCUGCAGCUAUAGGAUUACCCCACGCUAACCAGGAAGUGACACUUUUCACAUAAAAACUGUCCAACAAGAGUUUAUGGGAUGAGUAAUUUGUCCCCCAAGAGCAGUGCUACUCAAGACAUGUAAACUAAUUUGCAGAAUGCUCACAUUGCAUACAAAACUUGGACAGAAUUGCGCAUUCUGGAUGCCUUGUGGACAGCUCUUCAAGGGCUGACUUAUUUCUACGGGGGAUUUAUACAGUGUACUGCAGUUGUAAACCGCUAUCAGUGAGUGCAAGGUGCUCUCUGCAGUAAUCAAAAGCUGUAAUCAGUUAGAAAUGAAUUGCCUCUUCAUAGAGUGGCUGGUUUUAACAUAAUUAAUUUGAAGAAAUGAAAAGGUACAAUGACACAUGGAGAGAUUCAUAUAAAUACUAGCAGUGGUUGAGGUUCCAGAAAAGUCAGUAUUGGUUAAUUAAACAAGGUAACGGAGCCAAAGAACAAUUAAGUCAGAGCAAAGCAACAUCUACAGUUCCCUUGCCUUGUAAUGAAGCUGCUUGCACAGGGUGUGGAUCCCUUAUAUACAGUAGCAAGGCUGCAUAACAGAUGUUACAAGAAGGGGAAUAAGCAGCAGGAAAGAAAUAUAUUAAAUCCACACUUUUGGUCGUUAACCCAUCUUUAAAAUAAUAUUUCAAUACUUGAGACUGUGCUUUUAGAAUAAAACAGGGUUCCCAAAAUAAAUAAGUCUUCUACCAAAACUUACCAAUAGAUGCCUGAGCACCUUUAUAGGUUCAUCAUAGAUACCGCGAAGAUGUGCAGAUUUUUUUUCUUUUUUAAAUCUAAACUUCUGUUAUGAUUAAUAUCAUUUCAUAGGAAAAAACCAAAGAGGAAGAAGAGAAGAAGAUGUUUGAAAAUCAAUAUGAGGUUGCUAGACGAGAGGCUCUAGAAAGAAUGAAAAUUGAGGAAGAGAGACGCCGACAAACUGAGAAAGAACGUGUUGAAUUCCUGCGGCAACAAAUGGAGGAACUUCAGCUGCGCGACACAGAGGUGGGAGAACGUCAUUUCAGAUAUAGACUAUUAAAAUUGCUUCAUAUUCUAACUCAUUAUAUAGAAUUGUGCAUGUUAUGUAGUUAUUAUGUAUGAAACGUUUGUAGUCCUGUAUUGUAAAUAUCAAGUCUUAUAACUCUUUAAUAGAUCAGGAGUGGGUAGGAAUUGGAUUUCCUCUGUUGUAGAACUACAGCUUCAAUGAAGCUAUGUCAGCCUUAUUGCUGGCAAAGCAUUAUGGAAGUUGUAGUUCUGCAAGAGCUGGGGGUCCACCUUUUUACCACCUGUGUUCUGUUUUCUAAUAAGUCAGUAAUUUGACUAGAUUUGGGGAUAUUCUCUUUGUACUGUUCUCUGCAUAAAAGUGUACACCCUAGUAUAUGAGCAAAUAGUUAUUAGCUCAUGGAAAAACAAAGACAAAACGGUUGUUCUGAGUUAAGGUGGAUUAUUUAAUAAAGAUGUACCAGUCAGUUUACAGCUGUAUGAAUGUAAAUAUAAAUUUGCUAUAUAUGGCAUUUCCAUAGAUAGACAGACCAUUCCUUUUCUGUUACAUUGACACUCCAGCAUAACAGGCAUCUAUUUAUUUGGCUCCUAAAGUUGUAUUAAUUGAUGCAGUACAUCACACAAGAGUAUGUGUUGGAUGCAUGUUUGUGUACACUGUUCAGAUUUACCCCUGGUUUAUGGUCCUUUUAAUGAAGUAAUAAAAACAGAAUAAUUCUGCUAUUGUAUGUAAACACAAUAUGCAUACAUUACGGAUACUCUGAACUCUUUUUAAGCACUGAAGCAAUUAAGCAAUUUAUGUUAUCCUUCACUGGUAUUAAGGAUUAGGCUUAAUUUUGUGCGUCUAUGCAUAUGUGUGUAUGUAUGGAAAAAAAAAAGUAUUACAUUGACUAGUGUCUAUACUUUUGUUUUUGUUUUUUGUUUUUUUUUAGGCAAAAAAGCUGAAGAAGGAGCAGGAAAUUUUGAUGAAACAGCAAUGGGAAGUAGAAGAUCUUCAGGAGGAGAGAAGAAAGAUGGAGGAGCAGAGGAAAAAAACAGAGCUCGGGUAGUUAUAAGAUUACAGCUAAUUUCUGAUUAGUGGAUGAUCUGGUUAUAAAGUAGCAAAGGAAACAGAGUUUUGUGCUUUCAGAUACAAUCUAAAUGUUUAAUAAGUUUGCGUUUUGAUAGACUGACUCAUAGCCGUCUCUAUUCUUCCCUAGUCACUUUUUAAGUCGUCAGUAUAACGCCCAGAUGAAGAGACGAGCUCGGAUGGUGCAAGAAGAGCUGGUAAGUGAUGUAUUCAUUUCCUAUUAACGCUCAACCCCUCAAGUAACAGAUAUAAGACCAGCACAUCGCAAACCAAUGUUAGUUGCACACAUCUGGCAUAGAAAGACCUGAAUGAAAUGGGGCUUUUUGGUAAAACUAGGAAUUGACCGAUUAUCGGUCUGGCCGAUAUUAUCGGACGAUAUUCGGUAUUUUCAGCAAUAUUGAUAUCGGCCAAUAAAGAUACUGAUAUUGCUGAUAAUACAUACCAGGACCGCCGGGCUCAUGACAAGCCCGGCCUUCUUGGGGGGCCCAGCAAGCGCUUACUUACCUUCCCAGCAGCUCCCUUCAGCUCCCAAGUGUAAAUCUUACCAUGGCAACGCUCCGCGCGGCACACUGGCCGAGAGAUUUACACUGGUGAGCUGCUGGGAAGGUAAGUAAGCGCUUACUGGGCCCCAACUGCACAAUCCAUGCCACCGGACCACCAGGGAAAGCCAUAGCCCCCUCCCUGGCCAGAUAACAAGCAGGAAGGGGGGAAUAAAAAAAUUAUAAUUUAAUAUAAAAAAAAAUUCUAUUAAAAAUGCCUUCCCUCCCUCCCCCAUUUUACACAAAUUACAUACCUACAGUAACACACACAUGCUACAAAAACACACUCUGCAUUCAUUAUAUACACACACUACACAACAGGCAUAGGCAACCUUCGGCACUGCAGAUGUUUUGGGCUACACCUCCCAUGAUGCUUUGCCAGCAUUAUGGGUGUAAGAGGAUUAUGGGGGGUGUAGUCCACAACAUCUGUAGUGCUGAAGGUUACCUACCCCUGCACUACACACUCUGCAUUCAUUAUAUACACACACACUACACAAAUACAGUCCAUUCACUAUACACACACUACACAAACACACACUCUGCACUCACUAUACACACACCGCAUUCACUAUACACACUACACACACUGCAUUCACUUUAUACACACACACACACACACACAAAAACGCUCUGCAUUCACUAUAUAUACACACUACACAAACACUCACUACAUUCACUAUACACACUCUUCAUUAUAUACACACUACACAAAUAAACACUGCAUCCACUACACAAACACACACAGCUCCCCUGUCUAAACAGUCUACAUCCACUACAUGUGGCAUGUAUAUUUUGUGCAUUUACCUUUAGAAAUAGUUUAUUUUUUUCAAAAUGGUAAAUGUGCAGAAUAUCGGUAAAUUAUCUGCUGUCGGCCUGAAAGUUCGCAGAUUAUCGGUAUCUGCUCUAAAAAAAAUCAAUAUCGGUCAAUCCCUACGUAAAACAGUUUAAUUAUAAAGUGGCUACUUUCUCAGUGUAACUCUAUAAGAGUGUGGUAAAAUGGCUCAUGUCACAUGGAACUGAUUUAAACUAAUAGGAUAUUUUGGUAUAAUAUUGUAAUAACAUUUGACUGUAUAGGCAAUGUCAAAGGAGCAGGUUGAUGUCUGUAGGCAUCCACUUUGAUUCCGUGCAAUUUGUCUACUUAAUUUCAAUCAAGUGAUUAAACCAACUUAAACUACUUAUGGUGACUGUUUAAAUGCCAAAUGUACUGAAAUAAACCGCAAGAAAUAGAUGAUUGGACCUUGAAUAAUAUGAUGAAACUCCUAUACAUCGCCAUCAAGACCAAUGACUGAAUUUUUCUGUCAUGGUUGCCCUUCCCUUAAAGGGACAUUAAACUGGUUAUAGUGUUAUAGUGUAUGGAGUUCCCUGGUGCAUCAGUUAUUUCAGUAUUAAACAGUUUUUAAUGUUUUUAUGUUUUAUUGCUAAAAAUGAGUCGCCAGCAGUCCAUCCCUCUGUGCUGCUUUGGCUAAUGAGGAAGUAUUAACCUGAGCAGCAAUGGGCAGCUGUGAUUGGCUGUGAGUAUCAUCUGACUGUUUUAGCCUAUCAGAGCUCCAAUUGACGGCAUGAAUGGGAUAUAACAACAAGGAACUGUGUAUUCUCUGCCUUAGUCACAUCUCCAGAAGGGGCCGGACUCUUGAGUGGCCAGGGACCCUUAUUUAGUGUUAAACUGCUCGAACAUGGUUGGAUGGUGCCAGGGGACCCCAGGCACUAUAAACAAUUCAAAGAGAUAAAAUAGUUUUAGUGACUACAGUGUCCCUUUGAGGACCCAUUUUUUGGGAAUGGAAUAAUUUCAUCAUGUGGUAUUGUAUCAGCAAGGACUGCUUUUCUGCUAGUAACAGGGGAAUCCCAGGUAUCAUUAGAUACCUGGGACUCCCUCUGUCAACUGGGGCCAGAAUUGGUGGUCUCAGAUUGACAGAUGCUCUCUUUGCAGCGCUCAAAGUGAGCGCUGAAUGCAGGUAUUUAAAUAAGGGUUUUAAAUCCCCAGAUCAGAUGGGGUUAUUUUUAGUGGCCCCAGACUGACAGAUGAGCUGCUUGCAGUCUUGAAAGUCCGCGUGGCAUGCAGCUCUUUAAAAGUGGUUUUAAAUCUAGGGUUGCUUUAAAAUUUUUUAAAAAUUCUCUUAAAUGCCAGAAAAUUGAGAAAUUGAGCUGUGAAAGACUGAUGGUCUAUACGCACUCAAAUUGCUUAAUGAAGCUAGAGUUGUUUUGGUGCCUAUAGUAUCUCUUUUUUUUUAGGGGAUAUUUGAUCAGUGUAUAAAUGAGAUAUAUUUAAAAAAAAAAAUCUAAAGAUUUCAGAGGCUUUUCAGCAGUCAAGUAAUGUAAGCCUUCAUAUUGAUGGCAUUUUAUUUGCAAACCACUGUGCACUUUUUAAACCAUUAAAACAAACAUAUGAUAUUCAUUAAUCGGUUAUUUUGUUUCUGUAUCUGUAUAUACAUUUAUUUCUUGAAUUUUUAUAUUAGAUUAGAUCUAAGUCUACACAUUUAAAUUAAAGGAUCCCCUUGUAGUCUCGCUAUUUACGAUUAAAAGAACACUCUCAAAACAGUGUUAAGUUACUUUAGUGGUUAUGAUACAAAUACCCUGUACUAGCAGUCUUGUCUAGGUUUAUCUAGUUAUAGGGCCACCUCCCUGGACUGUCAGUCAGCCAGCUGAAUCUCUCUUUUCCUGGUUGCAAUAUGUUUUGUGCAACGUCUAUGUCUUUGUCUGUUGUCAGCACACCCAGCAAGCUUACUUCCACCCAGUGAGUUACACAUGCACAAGUUUAUUUGCUAAACUCUAAAUUAAAUAAAAAUAAAGUGAAAUUCGGGCUAAAAUAGCUGACUUAAAAAAAAUUCUCCAUCUCGGUUUUAGUCACAGCUUGUAUUUUUAUGCCUAAGUUUAAAGGGACACUAUAGUCACAAAAUAACUAUAGCUUAAUUUAGACGUUUAUGUGUAUAGAUUAUGCCCCUGCAGUUUCAUUGCUCAAUUAUCUGCCAUUUAGGAGUUAAAUCACGUUGUUUAUGCAGUCCAGGGCACUCCUCCCUGCAUGUGACUUACACAGCCUUCCUAAACACUUCCUGUAAAGCGUACUCUAUUUAUACUUCCUUUAUUGCAAAUUCUGUUUAAUGUAUAAUUUCUUAUAUCCUGCUCUGUUAAUAGCUUGCUAGACUCUAUAGAGGCCUCCUGUAUGUAAUUAGAGUGUAAUUUACAGAGCAGAAGAUACAAACUUUUAAAGUAAGUUCCAUCUGAUUGAAAAUGAAACCUUUUUUUUUUUUUUCUUCCCAUGUUGUGUCAGUCACAGCCAGGGGAGGUGUGGCUAGGGCUGCAUAAACAGAAACAAAGUGAUUUAACUCCUAAAUGGCAGAGAAUUGAGAAGGGAGACUGCAGGGACAUGAUCUAUACACUAAAAUGGUUUUAUUAAGCUAAACUUGUUUUCGUGAGUAUAGUGUCCCUUUAAUAAAUCCAAAUUCAGAUUUUAGUGAACAUCUACUUGCAUUUUCUGGAAUGAGAGCAGUCACUUUCAGAUAUGUGGCUGUUUUGCUUUAAAUUAAAAUAACUUACUGUUUAUACACAUCAGCAAUUUGGCUAGCGCAGUGUAUCAAUACAAGUCUGUGCUUCAUAAAGCACAACCACGUCAAUGUUUUUUAAAUGGUUUGCAUUAAUAAUUUGUAAAGGUUCAACUUUUUCAUAUUUGUGCUGUCCCUUUUAGGAGAUGGAUAUGAAGAUACUAUCUGCACUCAUAAGUAAAGAAGAUGAGGAGGAGCGUAUGCGUUCGGCUAGGCGGGAACAGGCUGCGGCAGAUGCAGCUUGGAUGAAACGCGUUAUUGAAGAGCAGCUACAUUUGGAAAGGCAGCGAGAAGCUGAGUUAGAUAUGCUUUUCAGGUGACUUCACAACAGAGUUAUAAUGCAGCUUCAAACAUCAGUCACACAUACUUUUAGUUUAAUUAAGAGGUUACAUAAGUGGGAGUUUCAAAAUGUUUUACUGCAUGGUGUCUUCUGUUGAUUUUAUUUAUUUUUUGUUACAGGAUUACCUCCAGUUCAUUAUUCUAAGGAUCGUUAACUUCCUAUUGACUUUAUAAUCCUAUAACGGAUGCUUAGUGUUUAUCUUCUUUAUUUUGUCCUUGGUAAUAGGCCAUUAAGUUAGUCACAAGGUUAAUGCAGCUGACUAAAGGUUUAUUGCAGAUUAGGAUCAUAGGAUGUAAUGCACAAAUAUAUCGAUCAUGAAAACUACAACACUAAAUGUAAAGUACUGUAUAUGUAGAGAAUUGCUGUUUUUUGACUGUGAGCUAAAGUCAACCUUCAGUAGAAUGGAGCACAUUGUUGGUUGUGCAUAGAUAAUCCGUAAAAUUAAUAUGUUCUUCCUGACUGACUGCUUGGGAAGGUGUUUGUAAGCAUGGAUUUUGCUAUCAUGAAGAAAUGGAAAAAGGCUGAACAGCUUGUAUGGCAGAGAUAAGGUACAAUUUAGACAAUAUGUUUGUGUAGUAUAUAUUUACACAUUAUUUCAUUAGGCAGAUUAUGUUUUCAAACACAGAAGAUUAUAAUUGUGGGCAUGGUCUCUGUCUGUCCCUAGAUUACUGAAAGUCACACUCCUGAGUGGUACCUGUUAACAUUUCAAUGAUGGCAGCUAAAAUAGCUGUCAUGCGUUCCUGUAACUCCUACUAAUCUCAGCCAGUACUAGGACAUGUAUUCCCCAGUGCAGCUCUUACAGUACAGACCUCCCCGGAACCCAUAUACCACUCUUGCACACUAUGCUACACUAACAAUUUCCUCUAAUUCCUACUAAGCAAUUCAUUAACACUUCCAUUAACACUAACCCUAACCUAAAAAUAAUGUAUUCUAAAAUAUAUGUAAAGGCAAAAUGUGUAUUUGAAUAACAUUUGUGAGCAGUGUAUCGUUUGAUUAAGCAAGUCAUGCGAGUGCUCUCCUUCUUUAUCGUUGUAAAGUUAGAAGUAUAGUUUGAGCACUCUAACACAUUAUAAAAGAGAUUUAAUUUCUAAAAUCCACCCACUAUAACUGUUUCCUAACUUCAACAUUGCACCGUGUGUGUGUGUGUGUCUGUGUGUCUGGAGUAUUCUUCUAAACAGGCUGCUACAGUGGAAAUGACCUUUCGUUUAGCAUUGACUAGCUGUAAAUAUGUAAUGAAGAGGUGACAGAUACUGUAAUACUUCAGUAAGGCUUUCAACCGCUGCCUGUAAUUUCACUACGCUAGAAGAACUGGUUAAGCAAAGGCAAAGUCCUAGGCUUCCAUUUGGGUGGAGUUGACUGCAAUAUUUAUCAUGGUCAGAAGGGAAGUUUAAAUUAGUAUAUUUGUUUUGGUCAUAUAUACUAAAGCUAAAUAGUUUUAGAAAAGUAUAUAUAUUUUAUAUGUUGUAUUUGUUUGAAUUCUAAUAGUGAAUGCUAAAGCUGGAUUAAGUAGAAGCUUACCUAUAGCUUUGGAAAUUGUCAGAACAUGGCCAUACAUUUUAAGUAGAAAAAGGACAAAGGGUAUUAGCGCUUAUAUAAAAUAUGAAAAUAAUUAUUAUUUUUUUAAGAGUAUAAUCUCCAAACAGUAUAUGUAAUAAUAGCAGCUGACACCAAGAAGUGCGACUUCUCCACAAACACCAACAAGAUAUAAAAGAUUCAGAAGUGUAGCGCUUUAAAAUACGAAAGGUUUACAUUGAUAACAGUGGUUAUGGUAGUUUAACAAAGUUAAAAUUUUUCAGACCUAAAAUAGACAAAUAAUACCACAUGAUGCAGUUUAUAAAUAAAAAGAUAGCAAUGAUAAAAUGGAGUUCAUAAAUAAAACACUCACAAACAAGGAGCUAUAAAAUCUCGCUCCAGUGUGGAUCGCUUCUGGGUCCGUUUAGGUGACCCAGUCCUAUAUGGAAUGUGUGUUCCGUCCUAAGGGAAAGUAUAUAAACACACAAUAGGGUAGUACAGUAUGGUUAAGGAAUAUAUGGAAAUAAGUGCCAAUUGAGUACUUACAAACACAGAGCCCCUGUGGCUCUGUAGUAACGUAUUGUGUAGGUAUAGGGCUACACUCCCCCUUUAAAUCUUUUUAAAGCCAGGAACCAAAUAAAAGCUUAAAUACAUUUAUUAAUUGGUAUUAAAAAGUACAUAAAUAAAAUGAAGUACAAUGUCCAUAAAAAAAAUAUAUACCGGUACGCGUUUCACCACUAGAUGUGGCUUCCUCAGCCGGAUCAGCGUUGUGAGAGUUCCUGGUUCCUAGCUUCUGUUUAUAUACCCUCCUAAUUGGGGAAUCUUCUACAUCUGUGUUUGUUACGUAGCUAUCAUGUUGGGUAGUACGUAAAUUAUCUCCAUAAAGAUACAAGACAAAAAAAAAUAACAAAAAACAUAAAAAACAUUUGAAAAAAAAGGAUUAACAGAUCGAUGGACACUCUCACCUGGAGUGCCGUCAGAUUGAAAUUAUCUUGAGCUGUAGCUUUAUUUCCUUGUGUUCCAAGCCUCGCUCUCGGGGUGUGAUGUUGGCAAGCCUCUCAGCUUGGCUGUUACUGUUCAUUCCGAAUUUGUAUUAUUAUUAUUUGUAUAAAUAAACAGCACCACCACCAAAAGGCCUUAUAUUCUUAGGAGUGAAAAAGGUAGAAAAAAAUUGGAGAGAGGAGAUUUUAUAUAUAAAAAAAAAAAAAAAUAGCUGGAGAGCCAUGCCGAAAAUAGUCCCAGGCGCUCGACGCCUAAGUCCUGCUGGCCGGCCGUUCGGGAAUUUAAGAUGGCCGCCAUCCAUUGUUCUUGCCACGCGUUCGUGUCCCGAAAUGGCGGCCACCCAGGGAGCACUCAAUUAGCCUGCGGUUUCAGGUAAUAACACAGAAUUCUACAUUCUAAUUGGUACCCAGGGUGGUCCUCGUUCAGUAAAAUAGCUAUUUUACCGAACAAAGGAUUAUAACGAAUUGAAAAUACCGAAUAAACCAGCAAUAAAGGCAAUACAUGUAACAAAUAAAAUAGGGAGGGAAUGAAUCGAAUGAAUGGAGGGUGAUUCUUCACAGAUACAAAUUCGGAAUGAACAGUAACUGCCAAGUUGAGAGGCUUGCCAACAUCACACCCCGAGAGCGAGGCUUGGAAUACAAGGAAGUAAAGCUACAGCUCAAGAUAAUUUCAGUGUGACGGCACUCCGGGUGAGAGUGUCCGUCGAUCUGUUAAUCCUUUUUUUUUUUUUUAAACUUUGUUAAACUACCAUAACCACUGUUAUGAAGGUAAACCUUUCGUAUUUUAAAGCGCUACACUUCUGAAUCUUUUAUACAUUUUAAGUACCUGUCGGACCAUUAUAUAAUUUAGAUAUUUCUCUUCUUAUAAUUGAGUAUUGACAAGUAAACCUUUCACAUUUGUUUUUUUUAUUUUUCUUUAUUCACUUACUGUCUGUGUUGGCCUCAUCUCAUAUUUUAACCUACUUUUCAGGGAGGAAGCCAAGCAGGUAUGGACAAAGAGAGAAGCAGAGUGGGAAAGAGAGCGUAAUGCACGAAAUCGUUUGAUGAAGGAGGUAAUAUCUGGAAAUGCAGUUUUUUCAUUAUUAGACCUGUGCAUUAAUUUUCAGGAGAAGGGCAAUAUGAAUGUUAUCACAAACCACUAAAUGGGUCCCUGACUCAAUUUCUCUCAACGCCAUUUGGUUAUUUGUGAACUAGGGAGAUUUUAUACCUGCCUCCAUCCCCCCAUGUGCCAUGCUGCGAGUAGAGGCGUGACUCCUCGCUGUAAUGAAAAACUAGCGAUUGGACUAUUACUGCCCAGUCAUUAGUAACAUAUACCUUUCUGUACCUAGCGCCGGCGCUACCAUAAAGCGGCACAUGCGGCCAGGGGCACAAAUAUGUCCAGGUUACCGACGAGAGAUGGAAGCACAGAGUACCCCUCUCCCACCCGUCACUUAACCUAGCCAUGCCAAAUCCCGAGUGAAUAAUUUAUCCUGCGAUUGUACUUUUCUUGCCGGUGCCUCGUUGUGUGAAGAAAUAAAGCAUCCAGCCUCAGAGGGGAUGGGAGCAUCGAGGAGUGGCCGUGGCAUUGCUUUUGCAAAGCUGGGCCGUAAGCUAAUUUAGCCUUUAUGGAUUCUACUUGUCAAAAAUACAUUUGCAGCCUUUUGCAAUGGAAACACAUUUAAAAAAAAAAAAAAAUCACCGGGGGCGGAGCUUGCUCGUAAGGGAGAGCGGACGCCAUUUCUCGAAGGUCCGGUCAACUGCCUUUAAUUUCCCCAACAAACCUGAUAUCGACUCACCUCUCAGCAACUAAACACCCGGCAUCUGCCUCCUGGUGUCCUACCGGUGUCAGACCCAUGCCAUUUUUUUCAUACACCAAAGGUCUCCCGCUCAAACGCAGGCCUGCGGCCUACUACUCACCUACCGGUGACGUGCUCAACGCGCUACUCAGUAACUCCCACGGAGUAAGAUCUCCCGCUACGGAGCUCCACGACCCGACUGGGCAGGUUGGUAACGAACCGGCAAUGGGACGUCGCACCCAGAAACAGAUGGCUGGGGCCGCAGCAGACACCAGGGUUAUUGAAUCCAUGCUCCAACGGCCGCCCCAAGUUAAAAAGGCGACAGAGGCCCACCAUGACACCUCACCAAGCCCUGGAGAGCUGUCCACCCCUACCUCACAGCCCCCAGAACCGGCAACACAGGCCUUUCUAGAUCUACCCCGGGAGGCGACUGACCAUGUCACAAAGCUGGACAUUCAAAACUUCCUCCACGAAAUUAAACAAAUGCUGACAACAGACAUAGCUGUAGUAAAAACUGAGGUACAGGCUGUGUACCUCCGUUAAUGAAGAGGACAUCAUGGAUCUGCGCAGGGACCUUACAGCUACCCAGGAUCGACUUACACAAGUCCAAUCCUCCCACCAGACGCUCAACACACAACUAACCUCCAUGGAAGAUAGAUACCGGAGGAACCAUAUUAAGAUCCGCCGCAUACCAGACACGGUUCCCUCAGAGGAAAUACCCCACUAUGUGAGACGCCUAGUGGCUGCGAUAUUGCCUCCAAAUGUUGCCAGGAAAUUCACACUAGAUGGGGCAUACCGCCUUCCGAAACCCCAACGGGCCACGACAGCUAUACCAUGGGACGUCCUAGUCUGCUGUGCUACACUACAGGAUAAGGGACAAUUUAUGACUGCUGUUAGGGGUAAACCACCAUACCCCUUUGAGAACUCCCAUCUCUCCUUUUUUCAUGAUCUCACCAGAGCCACACUCCAGUGGCGCAAGUCUCUCAGCAUGGUGACAAGCCGGCUUAGAGACGCAGGUUUGGCCUACAGAUGGAGCCUCUCGAAAACUCUCCUGGUGACCCACCAAGGAACUUUAUACAACCUUUCAUCAGCUACAGAAGCUCCAGCAUUUCUCAGUGCUCUAGGACUCCCCCCACUGACUGCUAACGAAACUCAGCCACAUAGAAACAUAGAAUGUGACGGCAGAUAAGAACCAUUCGGCCCAUCUAGUCUGCCCAAUUUUCUAUAUACUUUCAUUAGUCCCUAGUCUUAUCUUAUAGUUAGGAUAGCCUUAUGCCUAUCCCACGCAUGCUUAAACUCCCUCACUGUGUUAACCUCUACCACUUCAGCUGGAAGGCUAUUCCAUGCAUCCACUACCCUCUCAGUAAAGUAAUACUUCCUGAUAUUUUUAAACCUUUGUCCCUCUAAUUUAAGACUAUGUCCUCUUGUUGUGGUAGUUUAAUCCGCAAACUUGUGAUCUGGCCACAGUUGUCCUUUUCACCCAACGAAGCACCUCUGAUACCCGUCGGGGAACCUGAGAGAAAUGCAGAGAAUCCACGCCUGAGGCCCUAAUUGUUAAUAACUACUUGUUAAUGCCUUUCCCUACUUUCUUAUGUUUAUUCGCACCAGUUUUUUUUGUUUUUUUUUUUUAUUUCAAUGAUUGCUCCCGCAUCUGACAGGCCCUUAUUAAGAGGUACAACUUCAGUCCGCUGUACCCACCAAGAUUAAAGAGAAUCCCUCUCCUCCCCCCCCCCGCCGCCCCCUUGGUCAGGGGCAAUACACAUGCUCCACUGAGCUCAGCCUAACAUAACACUAUAAAGCAUGCUCUCCUAUCGAGCAUCUACUGGAGUAUGCAUAACAGCCAUCUUAUCUAGACCAGUCUAUAGCACUCUAGCAUCCCCACUACCAUGCAGCACCCACUUGACAUAACACACGCUCACUUCACAGUGAUAGAUCAAGCACCCUCCUAAAUAACUGACAAGGCAGCUAUUUGAAUAUAUUCCUGCUAAUACUUUUUUUUUUUUUUUUUGAAAAUCGUUUUUAUUUUUUCAGGAAUGGUAGUAGGUUAUACAAAUCAAUACAGCCAUAAAUUGUGUCUCGGGCUCGUAUGCCCAAAUAGUAUUUGAAAACCUUUUGAUCCUUUUCGGGUGAAUCAUAACGCAUUACAUCAAACGUUAUUCUUGGCGGUUUUAUGUCUUGUCUGGAUACGCGUUAUUAGCAGUCAGUGUCCUGCUAAUACUGUGCUAGUGUCCUGAUCAUAUAAUGCACCUAAUUAUCUGCCACUAACUAAGCUGACCAUGCAGUGGAGUCUAGAGUCUUGCAUGUUAUAUCUCAUUCAGCACAAAAUGGUAGUGAAAUCUUUACCUGAUUUCCUCAUAUGGUAGAAUUGCAAUACAUAUAUAUUUACUUAAAAAUUGUGCAGUCCCAUCAACUGGCAUGAUACUGUUUAACUUAAAUUGUUAUUGAAAGUUUGUACAUGUUGUUGUGGCAGUACAUGCCUGUCUGUUACUCUAUGCACAGAAAAAUAAAGAAUUUAUAAAAAAACAAAAGAAAAAAAAAAACACACCAUAAAACCUCAUAACUACAUUUUCACAAAUUUACCAACAUGUGUAAAUGGAGGGUACAGUCCAUUUGAAUAGGCCAAGGGUAGAAUAUUAUAGAGUGGCAAAUUGGCAGUGCUAUAGUUAAAUAAAACUGCCUAGCUCCCUGCUUUACGUGUGUAGUACUGUCCUUGUGUGACGAAGCCAUGCCUUCACAGUGCUUACUCAUAAGGAUAAAUAAUGACCUGCUAAAUACUCAUUUAUAUGCACUGUAUCAAUUACAAUGUUGUGCCAAAGUUCAACCAUCACUGAUUUAUUCAUUUAUUUUGUGACUAGGUGCUGAUGGGAAGGCAGUUGCAGAUUCAGGAGCGCAUAGAACAGAACAAACUUGCUCAGAUGGAAUCACUGAAAUCCCGUGAGCAGCUACUCAGAGAGCUCGAAGAUGUCAAGCAGCUGACAUCCAGGGAAAAGCGAGAAGAAGAGGCCCAGAAAACUGCACGUAAAUUAGAGCUGGAGUCACAGGUACAAUUUACCUUUACACUGAACUGCUCUCUCACACUGGAUUUAACUUAAUUGCCUUGCUUACUCAUGGCAUCUGGUUCCUUAUAGAAAAAUAAAAUUGCUUAAAAAUCUAUAAAUAUACCGUCACUUCCUCUGCAGGGACCUACUCUGUUUAAAGGAAUGUACAUUGUAAAUUUCUAAAUUACACGUUGUAAUACUGUGAAAUAACCCAGGCAUUCAGUCUCACAUUCCACAACUCUGAUUUAUUAGUUGAAAUAGCAUAGUGAAUUAGAUUUAAUAGAAGUUCAUAUUAAUUUAGUAAUUGACUUGUAAAGCAGCUCUGUCACAAUUCUAUUACUCCUUAAUUUCAUGAAGAUAAUGUCUUAAUAAAAAUUCUCCGCACAUAUCAUCAUAAGUGGUAGAGACUACUUUGUGUAUGGGCAGUGUCAAAUUUCACAAAACUUGACAAAAGGCAUCUACUGUCAAAUGUGUUAAUUUCCACUGUGUGAAAUGCUAUUGGUCUUGUGGUGUAGACCUCCGUGUUGUAUGCCCAAGAGUACAUCGUUAAGGUAGAAAAUAGAAAACAAUCCAGUCAUUCCAGGGUGCAAAAAGGCAAAUUUAUUGAACCCACUGCCACUCACAACGUUUCGACCUGAACGGUCUUUGUCAAGCUGACAAUCCUUAUCAAUACCUUAUCAAGUAUUUGAUUCCUGGGACUGGCACUGGCCUGGCUGCACCCAGAUACAUAUUAUAUGGGGAUUGAGUGCAUUUCCACACCCUUGUUUUUUAGUCAUACGAGAGUACAUCAUUGACAGAUCUCAUGGCAAAUAAAAUUUGACAAACUGAACGUGGAUUUUAUCAUGAAGGGAGACACUGAACAGGAUAGAUUUAUAUUUAGUAAGAGCGACAUAAAAUGGAUUACACUAUGUGAUUGAUUGCAAGCUAGGGCACGCACAAAAUGCAUUGUCAUAUAAUGUAUACUUCCACUUGAGCACACACUUCUUUGAAAACCAUUUGACAUAAACCGCAUGGACUCAACAAAUAGGUUUGUAGCCGGAGGAGCACUACAUUAAACUGUUGUGAAUAUGGUGCUUGGAAUUUCCUUUUAAGAACAUUAUCUGCAGUUUCUUCUGAAUGACCAAAUCAACUGCUUUUACCUGAAUUUUAGAUUUCUGAGCGGCACUUACAGGAGAAAGAAGUGAAGUUGCAACUGGAGGAGGAGGAAAAAGAGAAUAAAUUAGCAGAUGAUCUAGAGACUGACUUACUGCACCAUGAAGCUGAGAUCAUGACCCAGAGAGGGUAUCAUGAUAAGGUAAGUGUCCAAAGAAAUAUACACCUCUGUACGUCUGGCCCCAAAUCAUAUUAUAAUGGCUUACCACUUUUAUUUGUUUGUCAUUCAAAGCUUUAUUACAGCAGAUUCAUACAUACAUGAAAAUACAGUUUAGCAGGAUGCAGAGCACUCCUCACGAAAAUAACACUAAAACAUGUAGACCCCCUAGGAGAAAGAGUGAUGUGCAUUUCCCCGUAAUGUGGAAACACUAAGGCAAAGUAACAUAGAAGCAGGGAGAAAAAGGGGGUUAGGGCACAAGAAGUAAAUACAUAAGGAGCCCCAACUUAGGUUGGCUAAUAAAUUGGCCUUUGCUAUAAUAGUAUGUCUAGUAGCAGAAUAUAUACUAAAAGCAAUGCCGUGUACGGAAUCCUCAGAAUCAUAUAGUGUAUAGUCACUAGCCAUUAUGCCCAGCUCUGCAUACGUGCCAAGGAAAGCUAAGCCUCCUAAAAGGUGAAAUAGUUUGAGUUGCAUAUAUUAAAAAAACACAACCCCGUCCCUGAGAAAACGGAAAAGAGGAACGUAAGGAAAAGAGAGAUUGUGGAAAGACCUGUACAAGUGCCUGAACGGACAAAAAUGUGUCCGGGAAAAAAAAAAACGGGAUAUGGGGGCACACCCGGAAUAUGCAUUUCUCAGCACUGGUACUGCUGUAGAGACUAGAAUGUAUACAAUAUACAGAUUAAGGAACAGACAAUAUCGGUGAGUCCUACUCUAAUUUCAAUCUGGAAGAUAAAUAGUGCUAGUGGUAAAUGUGCAUUUAAAUCUGUUGCAUUAUAUAUAUUCACAAUGUUCUUACAACAGAAUAUUUAAAUACACUUUAGCGCUAUUUCAUUUGUCGCUUACAUUGGAUUUAGUGUAAAGUUUGGAAGGUAUGUCCUCCAGGGCUCAGGAAAUCACCCUCAUCCCCCAAGCCAGACCAUGCCCCCUACAGAAAUUUUCAAAGCACAGUGGGCACAUGAAGGCCCUCCCAGUCCACGUGAUCCCUCCCUCCCCCUGAUAAAGUCUGCAGACAAACCACCUCCUGCACCACCACUGUUCCACCAAAGCUCCAGGGGAGCGAACUGGAAGCCUCUGCAUGUCUCUCCGGACGCCAGCCACACAUUUAGGACCUAAUAGCUACCAGUCUGCCGGAGAUCUGUACAGCUUGGCCCCACAGCAGCGGGGACAACUCUCUCUAGUUCCCCCUCAAAAGCCAGAGGCCGAGGUUGCAAAAGAUGUGUAGACCAUCAUUAUGGGUGCUUAGUUUGUUUACAAUAAUGUUUUUAUAAAAAUUAUUCACACCUUAAGGUCUAGAACUUGGCUCUUACUGUAAGGAAAUCUCAUUCUACUGCAGUUCCACAAAUCAAAGAAGUCCAAAUAAUAUUCACAAACGUCCCUCUGCUUAAUUGUUAUAGGGAUAACAUACUUCAAAACCAAAAUCAGAGCUCUUUGGGAUUUCUUGUUUUCUUUAGAGUUGGAUAUUAAAUGUUCUGAAACAUUGCCUGUUUUUUGUUUUUUUUUAUCUGAAAUUUACCCACCUCUUCUAUUAUGUGCUGCAGGUAUUUAGUCGUCCAAGAAAUGUUUGGAUGUGAUGUUGGCUUUCAUAAAGAAAAAGUCGCUUCUGGAAAAUAAACCUACUUCAAGGUGAACAACUUGUAGUUUUGAUGUAAAUAGUUUUUACUUGUGUGAUUUUCAAUUCAUUUAGCUGUAAUUAUACAGACAUCAGGCACAGUUUAAUGUCUGGUAUUUGCUGACAUCAUGGAUUUCAGCAUCCACUAUUCAGAAUCUAAUCAUUUCAACUGUAUAAACUAUUCUUUCAAUGGAAACUGUCACUUCCUGGGAUUUGUAUUAUUUUUUUUUUUUUUUUUUUUAAGUAUGUUUUUUUAAAAUCUGACAUCAAAUUAAAUGUAAAAAUUGAUACAUCUCUGUGUGGAACAAAGUGCCUCAAUAUUGGGUCCAUAUUCAUUUUUAUCAACUCUGCCAUUUUCUGUCUUUGAACAUAGUAUGUGGUAGUUGAGAAACAAUGGGGGAGAAUUAUCAAAUCAUCGCCAACACAGUUACAUGUAAUUUUUGGAUACUUGGCACAAUUUAAUCUGACAAUGUUUAUUCUGUUGCUUCUUAACCAUCAUUUCUGAUUUAUACUCAAUUUUUGUGGCAAAGUAGAUUUAUAUAAUCUUCCCUCCUGUUCUGUUUCACUUCAACCUUUUUCCAGUAGUUAUCUGGUGAUCUUUUAAAAUGGAUGUUUUUUUUUCAAAAACUGUCAGAUUUACUACAGCGAAAGCCAUAUUUUUUUUUUUAUUUUUUUUAGAAUUUAAUAAAUUGCAUCAUUAUUUUGAUAGUGUUUAACAGUCACUUUUCAGAACUUUCUCGUCUCCUUAGCUGUGUGAGCCUUGGCUGUGCCUGGACUGAACUAUAUUGUGAAGUUUAGAAGAAAACUGCGCAUCACAUGGUCAAAUUACAGGCGAUUUUAUAAUGUUACUCGGUGGUGUAAUUUGCUGGACAUUACUUACUCUUUAUCAGCCAGAUUAAUUUUAUUUAAACCUGAAGAUGGACACAGACAAUGUUGUUAAAGUUUCUGGUAACUGAGGUUGCCUUUAUCUUAACUCCUUGAACUUUCAUAUUAAAGGGAUACUAAAGGCAUCAAAAGAACUCUCAGUGAAGCAGUUUUGGUAUAUAGAUCAUGGCCCUGCAGUCUCAUUGCUCAAUUGUCAGCUAUUUAGGCAUUAAAUCACUUUUGUUUCUGUUUAGGCAGUCCUAGUCACACCUACCCUGGCACAGCCUGGAAAAAAACAAGAGUUUAAUUUUCAAUCAGAUUUUAAAAGUUUAUAUCAACUGCUCUGUAAACUGAACUUUAAUUAUACACAAGAGGCUCCUGUUGGCACUAUAAGAAUAUUAACAGAGCAGGAGAUACUGUAGUAGUAUUAUAGGCGAUUUUUACUUUGCGUAAUAUGCAUGAAUUUUGAAGGUGUCUAUUAGGUCUCUAGAAGAUAAUAGAAUACAAAUAAAAAAAUAUUAAAGAAUCCCAAUAAUGUAAAAUACCAGAUUGCUUUUAAAAAAAAGUUUAUUGCACAACUAGAAGUUGAAAAGAAAAAAAAAGUAACAUAAAAUUCACAAUUAAAGUAUACAUAAGUGUACAUUAAUAAACAGUGUAUACAAUAUUCCAAAGGUAUGGUUUAAUAAUAACACAUAAAUACAAGUUUGAAAGGCAUUUCAUAUUUCUGAUUAAAAAUUACUGUUGUAAAUUGGCAGUAAAAAGUAUUGGACAUUUUAUAUAAUGAAAAUACAUUUUCUGGAAUUCAUGGGCUGCUAAUAUUUUACAUAAAAGAUUAUACUUUAUGCAUUUGGUGGCAGUUAUUGUUUUUCAAGCAAAUACAUGCCACAUAUUGAGAAAGUAGUACAAUACUUACUUGGCACUAGAGGUCAUGUUUAAAAACACAAGUGGUUAUAAUUAAAAACCUGAUUGCCACUGAAAGAACCAUUAAUCUAUGUGCAUUUGAGUUCAUAAAAAAACAAAAGUGCUAAGAAUACUGAUAUUAUACUGCUCCAAUAACUUCCAUUGGUGCAAGCCAAGACAUAUUACAUAUACUGGUUUCAAUAUCUGGUGGAACAAAUCUGUCAAACAGUUAUCUGAAAAGUGGAAAUCACAAAUAUAAAUGUACCUCCUGUUUCUACUGGUUUGCAUGGUGAUUACCGGUAGGUUUUAAGACCAUGACACUUUGAUAAAUUACCCAAUGACUCAAAUGUAUAGUAAUCACGUUUGUGAAGUACCAUGCUUCUAUGGGAUUAUGUAACAAGCCAUUGAGGAUAGCCUAUUUUAGUCAUGAAGUCAUUUAUCAAAUUUUUAGGGGGGCGGGAAGAUACCUAAAUAUGAUCAUGACCUGACUGCCCAGCAGAGGCUUGAUUUAAAUAGUAUAGGUGACAGAGCUAUGUCAGCAAGUUAAAUCCUAGAAAGCUGCCAAGAUCUAAACAUCGAUUGCUUUGAUGUCUCUAAUUAAAUACUGGUACGUUGGAAAUUAUACCCUUCAACUCCACCUGCUUCAUUAAUCAAAUCUAGACAUCCAGACAACAAUAUUAGACACUAUUGGUGUGAAAAGAGAAAAAAAACAAAAAACUCACUUAAACUAGGUUAUUAAAAAUAAUAAAUAAAACAAUCCAUUAGAUAUCUAACCAAAUGGCUUAAAGAUAGUCCAGCGUAACAUUUGCUGCACCCAAUACCUGAAACCUAGACUAGCCUGGUACCAACCAAAAAAUGAUAAAUAUUAAAAAGAAAAUACAGGUGCAGUAUCAUAGUUGGCUAUUCUGUUUAUCUUUUGCAUAGCUGCUGGUAUGGGACUGAUUGUACAUUAUUGUUGGGGUGUUGUAGUUUUCCCUGUCUUUACACGUAUCCGUCCUGCCCUCUUACUUAAAUUAAAACAUUAAGCACUUUGUAAUGUGAAACAACUGGCGCAUCAGAAACUAUAUUCACUAGGUUCAUAUUGAUGGCAAUGUGAAGGUUUCAUUUCAAAUAACUGCAAUUACUUGGUAAAUGUUGAUUUCUAAUCAGUCUAUUACACUAGAAAAACAAAAAUGUCAAUUUCAAUAUAUUAAAACAAACUCUAGACUGUGUGUAUUCAAAAACAUUGACUCUGAGACCUUGGUAAGAUAUACUGAAUGGGUUGUUUAUCUAGCCGAGGCCUGUACAAGUUCCUUAUUUUGAAUAAAAAGUAACAUUUCUGUACAGCUUGUCCCAAUGACUAACACAAAGUGAAAAUAUGUAUAAAGGUGUAGUCCUGGUUGAAUUGGUAGUAUGACACAUUUGUUAAGCAUUUAAAAGCUACAUUUUCUUUGCUGUCCCUUUAAUUGGAUAACAUUUCAAUCAAUAAAGUCCUGCAAUUAGCCAGCCUAUCUGAAACCAAGCAAGCCCAACUGUUUUUUUUUCAAUACACCUUUAACUCUUUGAAGGAGGGAUCAAUUUAACAAAUGCUCAAAGGGAAAUUAUAGUGCUAGGAAAAUAAAGUUGGUUUCCUGGCACUAUAGUUCCCUAUAGUGCUCCCUCCCCGUGGUGAAUAAGGGGUUAAAAAAAUCCACCACCGCUCAUCAGUCAAAGAGGAGACCAAUGCAAAUUAGCUGCAAGUGCUGUGCUCGCAUUAGGACUUGGGUUUUGGGUGACACUGGAUGUCCACAUGCAUCAAUUAGGCGACCAAAAGUCUCCUAACCACCUGGAAGUCCCACUAGUGGCUGUCUGGUAGACUUCAACUAGAGGUGGAGCUAACCCUCCAAGGCAAGUAUUGCAGUUUAUCAAUAACUACAAAAAUGACCAAUUGCUGAGUUAGGUGACCUUGGACACUGCUCCCAGACUACUUCAAUUAGCUGAAGUGUUGUGUGUUCCUGUAAUGUCCCUUUAAGGUAAUUGAUGUGCCAGUGGUACUGGUAGGAAAUCAAUUCCAUCUCCUGAAUUUGUUUGGAAAAUUUAGACAUGAGGAGGGCAACACUGCCCUACUGAAUAAUUGAGAGGAAAGCAGCAGUUUUUUUUUUUUUUUUUUAUAAUUUAUGUGAACACACGUAUUAUUAUUGCUUUGGGUACAGAAAUCCAUCACAGAUUUGCCAAAAAAUGGUAAAUGUAAUAUAAUCCAGCUAUAAUUAGUGCCAAUGGUGCUAAAUUAAUUCCAUUAAGUAACUAACUACUGAACCAUGUGAAUACUGAACACCAUCAUACAUGCCUGUUUUUUUUUUUAAACGUGUAAGAGGUGAACAAUGGUUUAUCUAUGCCAGGGAUAGGCAACCUUCGGCACUCCAGAUGUUGUGGACUACAUCCCCCAUAAUGCUGGCAAAGCAUCAUGGGAGGUGUAGUCCAAAACAUCUAGAGUGCCAAAGGUUGCCUGUGCCUGAUCUAUGCCAAUGAAUCCAGAUGUUUAUAUGCUACAGUCCAAGGUGUGAGUGGUAACAAAAUUAGGCAAAAACAGAAUUGGAAAAAAGUUUCAGUUCUUUUUUUGCCUUAAAGGGACUCUCCAGGCAGAGGAUUUUACUCACCUGGUUCCAGCGCCGGGAGCCUUGUGAAGCCGCGCCCCCUAUUUCGUCAAAAUGACUAAAUAGGCGGGCACGAGCAGGCAGCAAUCAGACGCUUCCAUUUGGAAGAGUCAUUGCUCCCUUGUGCGCAUGCGCGGCUUCGCCACACAUACUUCAGAGGGCAGCAUUCAUGCCGCCCUCUGAAGUCCUGAACACACUACCGCGCAUGCACGCGGCCGCGAGCUGACAGCUCAGCUCGCGGUCUUUGCCCACCCCCUCUCCUCUGCUGACAGGCAGGAGAGAGAAGGCGCGCACACAGUGCCUUCUCUCUCCUGCACACGUCAGACAUAUUUUAUUACGUCUGACGUGUAAAAGGCCUUUUUAGGGCCCUACAUGAUAGGAAGUCCCUCUGGUGGCCGUCUGAGUGACGGCCACUGGAGGUAUUCUUAUCAAUCAAGUAAACACUGUAUUUUCUCUGAAAAUACAGUGUUUACAUUAGAUUGCCUGCAGGGAGCUAUAGAUCAUACCUGAACAACUACAUUAAGCUGUAGUUGUUCAGGUGACUAUAGUGUCCCUUUAAAUCUUGCUGAUGUGUUGGCACUACCAGUUUAGGAAGAAUCUAAUUUCUAUCGCUGAAGAUCUAUAAAUAUUAAUACUCAUUCCCAGAGCAGCACAUAUAUGGCAGCUCCAUGUAGAUUAAUAAAUCACAAAAUCGAACUAAAUUUUGUACAGCAGGAUAGACCGACAUAGAUUAAACUAAUUAUAGUUUCUGCACAUAACUUAUAAAAGGGGCAAUAUUUAAAAGUCACAUAGCUUAGUAAAUAAUGAACAACGCAGAAUCAAAGUACUGCAACAUAAUAUACCCCAGUCUUUACAGUCCUUUUACACAAGAGACAACCACGUACAAUCAAAGAUUUCUGUAUACAUCCAUCACAUUCCUGUAUAGCAUUAUACCUCUCCAAUAAUAAAUUGGGCUUGCAAAUUGAUGCAAGUCUUUACGUACAUUUGGAUGUAAUUGCCGCAUUAGUAAAGAUUUUUCAUUUUGUUUUAUGCAUUACUUAUUGGGAUGCUUAAUGUUAAAUGAGGAUUUCCCUUUUAUAAUAUGCCAUUUGUGUGCUGCACUUAUGUAAUUUGUGUGUGUAUUAGCUAGCGUCUAGUGGGACACCGACAGUCAUAUAAUAGGAGAGUGUUUCUGAUUAUUGGUUAAUGGACACAAGAACUGUCUCUAAUUAUACCAUGGUUUCUAACAAUGCAGUUUAAAAAAAAAAUUAUAUCAUGCCUUAUUGCCGCUAUAACCAAAUCGAAUUUUUAAUAGAAUUCUGCAGGUAAUGGCAGAUGUUUUGACAUAAGCUAUAUUGUAACUUUAAAUAAUAUGCGGACACUCAAAAUAAUUACUUGAUUUAAAUAAAAUAAUAAAAAUAAAGUCCUGUUUUUAGGUACGUUUUCUUACACUGCAUCCUCUGUAUUCACAAACAUAUCAAGACUUUAUAUCUGUAGCUGGGCACAAGCUUCUCUUCGUCACUAUUUGUGCCAAGGCAGAGUGAGAAAUCAUUACAUUCUUGUCUAUUGGAUGGGUUCUAAGAACAAGUGUGACUAACACUGCCGUAAGCAAAGUGAUGUAGCAUGUCAUUUAUAGCAUUUCAAACCAUGCAACAACUAGCUUCUUGUCAUAUAUACCAUCACCUAUAUAUUACAGUGUGGUAAUAUAUACUUACUGGUAUACAGGAAUCAUCCAAUUACCGCUAAAAACUUGACACUUUUAUAUUAUCCCUCGUCAAAUUGUGUAUGGACAAAAACUAAGAGUUAUUCACCAACGUUUAAAGUAUUUAAAGUGGUGUUAAACUUUAAGGUCAAAAUAGCCGAACUGGAAACAUUCUCUAAGUUGGCUAUGCUUUCCAUUCAGCUACUCUGACCUUAAAUUUGAAUUUCUCUUAGAAUUCUCACUCUUGGUAAUAGCCCUGUAAAUUAUGUUUUCCAACACUUCUCCCCCUUAUUUUCUUCAAUGGUCUGCAACUAUAAUUAGGUCCCAUAUUAGAAUUCUAAAAAGGAAACUGAAACGUUAAGGUACAGGUGCUUCUCUCCAUCUGCCUAUGCUUCAGCGUUCGUGCUUUUUCUAGAAUGAGCUAAUGCCCAAUGGACCACAGGAAGCACCUGCAGUCAACUUUCAGUUUAUUGCAUUAUUCAAGUUGUAAGAGAGAAAAUAAUCAUGAAUGCAAAUAUAUGAUAGGAAAAGCGGUACACUGUGAACUCUUGAACUGCCAGGUUAGAACAUGUUCACAAAUUCUCUCGGAAAUCUACAGCAUAAAUUCGGUCAUAAAAACACCUGGUUAAAUAUUUUAAUAAUACCGCAAAACUGUAUAACAUUGUUUCUGGCCAGGAACGAGGACAACAAGUUGUGGCACAGUUAUUCACACAAUAUAAAUAUAAGAAACUAGUAUCACAGUACACACACAUUGUCCACAAUUACUCAGUUUUCCAGGUAAAUAAUCACGUGAUGGUCAAUCUUCAGGCAUUAAGUGACCACUCUCUAGGUCUUAAAUAAAGACAAAUGUUUUCAGAAUUGUUAGAGGUAGAGAUAAAACACUGACACUUAAAGUGGGAUUAAUACUAUGCAGUACCUGCUGAAAUAUCUGAUUGGAAGUGCAAAACAGAGUUCAAAACCACUUACAUAAAGCAACGAAAUGGCACCAAAAUGCGCAAAAAAACAAAUUGUAUAAAUAUAAGUUUAUGUCAUUGUUUUCAAGGACAAUACAGGAAUACAGGAAGCAGAUUGUACACAAUUGCUUGUAACUAUUGUAUGUCACCCCCCCCCCCCCAUAACUGGCAGUAAAAAACAAGUUUAUAUAUAUAAGGCAGUGGGUUAAAUUGUCCAGAAUAAAACACAUUUAGAAGAAACAUGCAAAAAAAAAUAAUACUGUUUUUUUCAUUUUUCUUUUUAAAUGAACCCUGAC